GCGCAAACAGAUCUUCUGUCCUCUGGCAGGCCUUUCAACCCGAUAGACGGACAGUCUCCUACUUUCCCUCCGCUUCAAACAUUAUUCCAACAUGCCGAUCCCAGACUAUGGCGCAGCGCCUUUAGCAAAGACCUUCCUGCUUGCGCGUGGCCUUUCGCUCGUCGCAAUGAUCUGCAUCGUCGGUCUCACAGCGAAUUUCGUCUCGGAGAUCGUGAGCUCAAACGUUGACCCGCCACGGGAAAUUGUCGGCACUCUCACGACCACGUCUUUGGCCGGAUUCUACUGCCUUAUCAGCAUUCCAUACUUCUACGCUCGCGCCAACCUCGGCCUGCUCAUUAUGACCGCGGCGGACAGUGCACUCCUCCUCGCUUUCGUGGUCGUCUCCGUGGUACUGGGUAGGCCGCUCAGCUUCCUCAACUGCAUGGUCAUUGCCAACGCAAGCGCUGCUGCAAACGCCAAGUCCGCUUCCACUUUCGCGCAGAGCAUCGCCUCCAACCUUGGCAAAAGCGGCAGCCUCCUUGGCCUAAUAGAUUGGGCGGGAAGUACUAGGAUUAAUUGCUUUGAGACGAAGGCUAUCUGGGGUCUAUCAAUUGCGCUAUGCAUUUUGUUUACUUGCAGCACCUUGAUCCUACCAACACUCUGGCUGAAGGCGAAGCGGGCGGGAGGCUCUGCACCGAAGUCGAUGGCAUAGAUCGCGCUGAUAGUGCUCACAAACGCAGCCGCAGGAACGGCAGCGAGUACUGCGGCGGUGCCGGCGGUGACAGUGGUGGGAAAAUCUUGCCAGCGUUGUUUUGUUUGCAUUGCGCCAAUGUUGGAACUGGUAGCUCGAAUUCUCUGACACUCUAGACUUUACUCGUAAUCCAUGACCGCUUUCAUGACGAGCAAUAAAGAGUGAUACACAAGCCUAUCGCGGCCUCAUGCACGACCAGCUGGAGGAGUAAGACGCUCGUGCCUUCCGUCUUGAGACGGACCGGCUUCGGAACAGCCCGCUUCCUCCUUCAUUGCGCACCUGCACGUUCGCCCCGUUGACACCUACCGUUAUGGCCAA